ACCAACCAUGCUUGGGAGUUGACCUUGUUGUUGACUUUGACGGAAGGCCGCACGCACACGCGCACCUCCUCUCCCUCGGUUGAUUGGGUGCCGACGCCAUGGCUGGACUUGCAGAGGAUGAGAUCGUGGAGCACACGCUGACGCAGAUCCAGGAGUGCUACCUGUUCGAGCUCCCCCCGCGAGUCAGGGCACAGGGAUGGCUGGCUGCCGACAUGACGAAGCAGAUGUGGACGGGCCGCAUGAGGGUGGUGCAAAGGGGCCAGGAGGCGGCGAUCAUGCUGGUCGACAGACGGGACGGCAAGCUGUUCGCCAUGUGCAAGGUGGCGGACGGGGCGGUGGAGCGCGUCCCGGACAGCAGCCGCUACUUCGUCAUCAAGAUCCAGAACGCCCAGGGCAGGCACGCCUUCGUGGGGCUCGCGUUCGACGACCGCAAUCAGGCGUUCGACUUCAACGUUGCCCUCCAGGAGUUCAAGAAGGACAUUGAGCGGAGCACCAAGCUUAAGGAGGAUGGGCAGGGUGGCGGCGACUCGGGCGGAGAUGGGGGGAAGGCGGCUGCCGCGACACCGAAGGUCGACUUGAGCCUCAAGCAGGGGGAGAAAAUCAAGAUCAGUAUAGGCGGUGGUUCCUCCAAGGUAGGCGCGGGAGGGGUGGGGAUGAUGGAGGUGGUGACCAGCAGUAGUGGCGGAGUCGCUCUUUGUGCGGCGUGUGCCCUGUCUGGCGGUUAUCGAACGGCGGCGGCUCUGUGUAGCAGAGAGGAGUGCAGCAGCUGCGGCAGGCAUAACACACACGCACACGUGUUAUCAUACAUCCCUUUUUUUUGGGGGGGGGGGGCGAGGGAAAUAAACCCCCGUGUCAAAAAAAACGUUGGCAGGGCGCGCAGGCGUCCUCCACCCCCUGCUCUUGAUGCCCCCGUGCAACCCCUUUGUUCGAUAACGCUCUACGUCCCCCCCCCCCCCCCGGGAUUUUUCCCGCUUUUUUCCCCACCCCCGUUUAAAAGGCCCCCCCUUUUUUAA